AUGUCUGCUUACAUCCAACGCUUUUCUGUCAUCCCGCUUUCCACAAACACCGGCCUGAUUGGUUGGGUGCCAAACAGCGACACCCUUCACAGUCUGAUCCGAGACUAUCGUGAAAAGAGUGGCAUCCUUUUGAACCAAGAGCACCGCGAGAUGCUGCGUCUGGCACCCGACUUUGAUCGUCUCAAUCUCAGUCAGAAGACGGAAGUGUUCGAGGCUGGUCUACGAGAACAUCCCUCCAACUUGAUGCUUUGUCGAGAGACGGGCAAGGUGGUGCAUAUUGACUUUGGCGACUGCUUCGAGGUGGCAAUGAUGCGCGAGAAAUUCCCCGAGAAGGUGCCCUUCCGUCUCACACGCAUGAUCAUCGCUGCCAUGGAGGUGAGUCUUCCUGACUUUUCUUUAGCUGUGUCGCCAACUCCUCCCCCCGCCUCUUGGUUUUUUUUUCGUUUUCACGCAUACCACCGUUCAGCUUAG